AUGUCUGGCAUUUUGAAGGGAUAUUUCGAGGGCAAGGGUGCUAUUGAGGAUUUCGUGCGUUCGGCAGGCUUUAUGCACUGGACAAUCCACCGUCCCCCCGUCUUCAUGACUAAUUAUCUCCCUCCCAGCGUGAGAGACUAUUUCCCUGCGCUGGCAGAAUCUUAUACCCUUCGCACUGCUAUGGCACUCGAGAAAAGGACGAUGCUUCUCUACCCAGAUGAUAUUGGGCGCUUUGCAGCUGCUGCUUUGGUGGAGCUGGGGCGUUUCUCGCACCGUGUUAUUGAGAUCGGGGGUGAGGCCCUGACGGCGGAACAGGUGGCGCGGGUCAAUGGGCGCGAGAUUGUGGUGGACCAUAUUCCCCGCGAUGUGGCAGAGCGUCUAACACUCUCUAAUCCCCAGAUUGACCCCCAGCUAUAG